AAAUAAAUAAACAAGUGGUUUAGGUGCAAAGAAAUGGAGUUUAGCAUGGAAAAUUAUUCUCUUUGACGAAAAAAACAAACAAAAAGCAAACGCUGCCAAUUUGGACUCGCACCGAACUCAAUUGGCCGGAAAACGCAAAACGCAAUCGGAGUUUGAUACCGGCAGCCACAAACUCUGAUAAUCUCCGUCCAGAACCUUCACUGUUCUCUGUGGCAACUUUAAGACUAUCUGUACCGUUCUGCUUUGUCGUAACUGUAAAUCUAUCUCAGGCUCUCAGCACCCACAUUCAUUUGACACAAGUUGUUUUUAUUUCGGUUGAGGGCGUCAGAUCAUUUUGAGUUGAAAAUCUUAGGAGCAAGGGAACUCAGAAAGAUUGGAUAUGGCAACUAGACGUGUUCGUUACACCCCUCUUGCCUCGAACGAGGAUGAUUAUAUCAGUGACCAAAGUAGACCAUUUGACCCUCGAUUUGAUUACACGCCGAGAGCCUUGGAUAGAGUUCCCUGGAAAUCUAUUGCUCUUGCACUCUUCCUGUUAUUUCUUGGUACAGGACUUCUGUUUCUUUCGUACUUUAUUUUCACUGGCCAUAUGGGGGGAGAACGUUCUCAAGCUUAUGGCCUUUUAGCAUUAGGAUUUCUGAGCUUUCUCCCAGGCUUUUACGAGACUCGUCUUGCAUAUUAUGCAUGGAGGGGCGCCAAUGGAUAUCGCUUUUCCUCCAUCCCUGACUACUAGAGCACUUGAAUUAUACCCUCCAAACUCUCAGUCAUGUUCAGAUUUCAGUGCUACUUAUUUGUAUGUUUUGCAUAGAUUGAAUAAAAUUGUACAACGGGGUUAGAAAAUGCAGUAAUAAGAUUUAUAAAAAAUAUGCACCAGAGUUUUGUAAGAUUAGAAAACAAUCUUAAAAUAUAGUGUGAAAUUGUUAUACUUGA